GCGGCCCCAGAGGCCAUCCAGACCAGACCCUCGUCCACUGCGGCGGCAACUUCCUCAUUCCAACGUUGGCUGGAUGAUUUUUUUUUAUGGUGUCGUAAAUUAGCCUCCCCACAUAUAAGUGGUACCUACAUUUCCUACUUGAUCGAUGCAACUAUCUUUCGGGUUGCUUAGGUCAGCAAUGAGCAGGGGAUAUAUUAUUUUUAAUUGUCGGGUGCUCACCCCGACAGGGGCUGGCCUCGAACUCAGGACCUCUUGUUCAGAGUGAUUUAUUGUAGCUGGCUGAUAACCAGCCUGCGCCAUAGCCCGCCACAUAAUAUAUUCAUACAUUAAAUGCAAAAGGGGCCCCCCAAAGGUCAUCCAGUCCAGCCCCUUUUUGCCAGGAAGACACCAUCCAAGCCCUCUGUUUAAAGACCUCAAAAGAAGGAAAGCCAACUAAUGUAUCAUUUGAUAUAUUAAUUAAUUAAUUUAUUUUAUUUUAUUUACAGUAUUUAUAUCCCGCCCUUCUUUCUCACUCUGAAGGGGACUCAGGACGGAUCACAUUGUACACAUAUAAGGCAAACAUACAAUGCCAUAUAACAUAGAACAGAGACAGAGACAGACACAGAGGCAAUUUAAACCUUCCCCAGCUUCCUGUGGGUAUACUUGAUUCCGGCCACAGGGGGAGCAGCUGCGUCAUCAUCCACUGCGAUGGCAACUUCCUCAUUCCAACGUUGGCUGGAUGAUUUUUUUUAUGGUGUCGUAAAAUUAGCCUCCCCACAUAUAAGUGGUACCUACAUUUCCUACUUGAUCGAUGCAACUAUCUUUCGGGUUGCUUAGGUCAGCAAUGAGCAGGGGAUAUAUUAUUUUAUUUUUAAUUGUCGGGUGCUCACCCCGGCAGGGGCUGGCCUCGAAGUCAUGACCUCUUGGUCAGAGUGAUUCAUUGCAGCUGGCUGCUCACCAGCCUGCAUCAUAGCCCGCCACAUAAUAUAUUCAUACAUUAAAUGCAAAAGGGGCCCCCAAAGGUCAUCCAGUCCAGCUCCGUUUUGCCAGGGACAAUCCAGAACAAAAGCCUACUCUCUAUCAUUUUCGAUAUUCGUAUAUUACAUGUAGAUGGGAACCCCAGAGGUCAUCCAGUCCAGCCCCUUUUUUGCCAGGGAGACACCACACCAAGCCCUCCAUUUAAAGACCUCCAAAGAAGGAAAGCCAACUGUCUAUUAUUUUAGAUAAGCAUUCAUUAAAUGUAGAUGGGAACCCCAGAGGUCAUCCAGUCCAGCUCCAUUUUAUUUAUUUAUUAUUUAUUUAAUAAUCCCGCCCUUCUCACCCCGAAGGGGACUCAGGUAUAUUUUAUUGGUAUCUAUUUUUAUUUCUGAAAUUUCCCACCCUCGGCCUAUACUGGAGUCAAUGUUUUCCCAGUUUUUUUGUGGUAAAAUUAGAUGCCUCGGCUUAUAUUCGGAUCGGUUUAUACUCGAGAAUAUAUGGUACAUGUAUUAUUUUUCUCUAUUAUCAUUGGUAUUAUUACAUUUAUUAUUUUACUCUAUUAUUAUUAUAUUUAUUAUUGUACUCUAUUAUUGUUGCUACUAUUACAUUUAUUUUACUCUAUUUUUUAUUAUUAUUAUGAAUACAUUUAUUAUUUCACUCUGAUCUUAUUAUUGCAUUUAUUAUUUUACUCUAUUUUUUAUUACAUGUAUUAUUUUACUCUUAUUAUUAAAAGGAUACAUAAGGGCAUAGACAUUGAAGAAGAUGGGAAUAAUAUUUGAUCAGAGUUGGACAGACUUAUCUUAAUAAUAAUAAUAAUUUAUUUGUUUGACCAGUCAUAUGACCAUUUCAAAGGACAGACUUAUCUUAAAUUUGAGCUUUAUGUAACUAUUCAAAAACAUUUAACCUACUGAUGCCUGAAUGAAUGUAAUUUUAUUGGUAUCUAUUUUUAUUUCUGAAAUUUCCCACCCUCGGCUUAUACUGGAGUCAAUGUCGGCUUAUAUUUGGGUCGGCUUAUACUCGAGUAUAUACGGUAAUGUAAUUUUAUUGGUAUCUCUGCGUAUACUGGAGUCAAUGUUUUCCCAGUUUUUGGGGGGUAAAAUUAGGUGCCCCGGCUUAUAUUUGGGUCGGCUUAUACUCGAGUAUAUACGGUAACUGGGGCAGGAACAGAGCCAGGAACAGAGCUUUUCCCAAACUGUGUUGCCUGGUGUAAUGGGAACCAGCUGUGGGAGGGGAUUGCCUCCUCUUGCAUCACCCGCUUCUUUGGGCUAAAGGCCCUUUCCCGGCCCCCCCAGACCCACUUCCUGCCUCCGACUUCACCAGCCGCGGCAUCUUCAGCUCUCUCCGCAUCUCUCCGCAUCUGUUAUUAUUAUUAUUAUUAUUAAUACCCCGCAUUGCAGAACAUGCCCAGAGGCUUCCCGGCCUUUUUGCAAAAAGAAGAUGGGGCUGAAUUACCGCCUCACCAUUUCCGCCGACGAGGAGAAAAGUUCGGCCAUUUUCACGGCGAUCGUGACGUAUAUGAAGCACCUGGGGGUUAAGAGCAAGGCCGCCGAGAACAAGAAGUCCAAGGCCAACUUCUUCCGGAAAAAGAUUUCUGGUGCCAAGAAGCCCGAGGAGGCGGCCAAGCCGAAGAAGGGCUUCAGCAUCUUGGACCCGGCCCGGUGGGCCCGACCGGACUCCCAUUAUUCUGAUUACAGACAGGCCAAACCUGAGGGUGAAGCAGUCGACAAGGGGCCCCCCGCUCCGGACAGGAAGGGGUCCAAGGGGCCCGAGGGGACCCCGCUCCGCCCCAAGGGGGGGGCUUCCUCUUCCUCUUCCGCUUCCUCUUCCGCUUCCUCCUCGGGGCCCGAUCCGCCCGGGAUCUGCGUCAGCGUCCACCCCGCCAUGCCUCCUCCGCCCGGGGAGAGCGCCAGCGAGGGAGAGGCGGCAGGUGUGGACAGCCAUUUCGGAGCGGAUCCCGGGGACCCCGCCGUUGCCGAGCAACCCUUGACCGGGGAGCAGCCCUUGGCCGAGGACGGGGCGGAAAACGAAAGAAGGCGGAAAAGGCUGACCGGGAAGCUGGGCCGGUCGGAGAGCCUCCGCGUGUGCGAGCGCAAGCGGUCCCUGCGUGGCUCGGCCAAAGGCAAGCAGCCGCGCUCCCGGAGCGACGUGGACGCCGAGGCCGCCACACGCGCCACGCAGAUGCAGCAGCAAAAGGGCAGCCACACCCUGGAGCCCUGGGGGUCCGGAGGGGGUCCGGGGGAGCCCUCCCCGCAGCCGUCCCCGCUGUCCUUUCUGCCUGCCCAGUCUGAGGAGGCUGAGCCUGCGCCGGCACCGCUUUCGCGCGGCAUUCCCGAGAUGGAGAUGGAUCCGCCCAACUGGCGCGACCUCGUCCCCCCCGGGACCCUCCUCGGGCUGAAGAAGAGCCAGGUCAAGCGGCAAGAGGUCAUCAACGAGCUGUUCAUCACGGAGCACGCCCACCUGCGCAUGCUGAGGGUCCUGCUGGAGGUCUUCUACCAGCCGCUCCUGGCCGAGGGGUUCUUCAGCGAGAGGGACCUGGCCAACGUCUUCCCCAGCCUGGAGGACCUGGUCGACGAGCACAAAGUCUUCCUGGAGAGCUUGAAGAAACUCAGGGAGGAGAACAACUCCAUUGUGUCCGAAAUCGGGAGCGCUCUUCUGGCCCGGUUUGACGGCUCCGAGGGGAACUGGUUCCAGAAGAUCUCGGCCCGCUUCUGCAGCCGCCAGUCCUUUGCGCUGGAGCAGCUGAAGGCCAAGCAGAAGAAGGAGCCGCGCUUCAACCAGUUCAUCCAGGAGGCGGAGAGCCAGCCCCAGUGCCGUCGCCUGCAGCUGAAGGACAUCAUCCCCAUCGAGAUGCAGAGGCUGACCAAGUACCCGCUCCUCCUGCACAACAUUGCCAAAUGCACAGAGGAAGACGAGGAGCGGCAGAAGGUGGAGAAGGCGGCCGAGUGCUGCCGGCAGAUCCUCAACCACGUCAACCAGGAAGUGCGCAACAUGGACAACUUCCUGAAACUCAAGGACUACCAGCGGCGCCUGGACCUCUCCAACCUCAAGCAGAGCACGGAUCCGCUGCUGAGCGAGUUCAGGAACACAGACAUCACCAAGAAGAACCUGGUCUGCGAGGGACCUUUGACCUGGCGACUCACUAAGGACAAGUCCAUCGAGGUGCACGUGCUGCUGCUGGACGACAUCCUGGUGCUGCUGCAGAAGCAAGAGGAGCGCCUGGUGCUGAAGUGCCACAGCCGGACCAUCACGCCCACGCCCGACGGGAAGCAGAUGCUCAGCCCCAUCAUCAAGCUCAACUCCGCCAUGAUCCGCGAAGUGGCCACCGAUAUCAAGGCCUUCUAUGUCAUCUUCAGCUGGGAAAACGGGGCGCAGAUCUACGAACUGGUGGCCCAGACCGUCUCCGAAAGGAAGAACUGGUGCAAAAUGAUCAGCGACACGGCCGGCGUCCUGAAGCUGCCCCACUCCGGCCGGGCCAAGCCACGCGUCUCCGUCCCCAGCCGGGCCUCGCCCCCCAGCCCCAGCUAUGAGGCGGAGGGUCUCCUUCCCGGGACGGAGAACGGCGGGGGACCCUCGAAGGAAGAGGAGGGUCUCCGGGCGGAAGAGAGAGAGAAGGACGGGGCGGACGGGCCCGAGUUCGAGGAGCACGGCCGCAAGCCCCCGCUGGGCAAAGCCAUGGAGGAGUUCCUGGCCGACAUCCUGACCCUCUACAAGCCCCGUCCAGCCGGUCAAGCCGCCCUGGCCAGCGCCGCCCAGGAGAGAGUCUCGGCCUUGAAGCGGCUGCUUCAGAUCCCGGAGGAGGGCGAAGGGGACUUCCCUGCGGACGCCAACAACGGACCCCCCGAAAACGGAGCCCCCCACAAAGAGGAGGAGGAGGAGGAGGAGGAGGAGUGGGAGGGCGGGGGCGGCAAGAGGAGGCCGGCAGGAGGGGCGCAGGACCCGCCUUGGGGUCCCGAAGCCCCCGAGAAGGAGGACCCCGUGUCUCCGGUGGUCCUCUCCCUCCAACAGUCGGACGGGGUCAAGCACCACCUGCGGCUCCUGGAGGACGCCGUCCAGGGACUCAAGGAGAUCGAAGCGGACUACUGGCGCCUGCAGCAGCUGAUGGGGAAGCUGACCUCCUCCUCUUCCUCCUCUUCCUCUUCUUCUUCCUCUUCUUCUUCGCAGCCGCUCUCUUUCACUUGAAAAGGAAUCAGGGAGAAGGGCCGUCCAUCCGUCCUGGAAGGAGGAAGAGACCCUUUGCUCUGCCCGCUUCUUCGCCUUCGCCAACCAAAUGGUUUUGUAUCGGAGACGGACUCGCAAAACAGGGAUCAAUUAGCGGGGAAAUUAAUUGCUAUAUAUUUAUAUACAUGCAUACAUACAUAUAUAUAUAUAUAUAUAUACUGCCCAGAAAGGAAAAUAUUUUGGGAUCAAGCCUUAGAGAGCCUUGUGUUUCUGCAGGAGAGAGACGCAAUGGCUGCCUUUCAGGGCUGGUCAGUUGGAGCAAAGGGCAAGCAAGGGUCAAGGGGUCAGCUCAGACCCUCGGACCCUCCCAAGGGGUCACUCUCAGGUUCGGGGUCUUUGCUUUCUCAGUCCCCUUUUUUCGGCUUUUGUAUGAAAAAAAAAACCCUUAAGUAAUAACUGCAAUGUAUUUGGUGCAUCCUCCCUCACUUUUCUGACUUUUGCAUUUAAUCCUAUAGAGUUCCAAGGAUAUGAUAUACAUGCAUAGGCAUAUGUAUAUAUAAAUAUAUGGUGAAAGAAGCACAAUAAUUGCAAUAAUUUUUAGCACAAGUAAAAAUCUGUAGCUCUUCCUUGACCCACUUCUAAAACUCCUUGCACAUUUGUCCCUAUGGAGCCCCAUAUAGACAUAUAUAUAUAUAUAUAUAUAUAUACACACAUAUACAUACACACACACACACAUACAUACACCUACUCACAUAACCAUACAUACAUAUCCGUGUGUGUGUAUAUAUACAUGUACACACAUAUACACACACUCACGUAUCCAUCCAUACAUAUCCAUAGGUGUGUGUGUGUGUAUGGAAACAUGCACUCACAUACAUAAACACACACUCACAUAUCCAUACAUACAUAUCCAUAGGUGUGUGUGUAUGGAUAUACACAUACAUAAACACACACUCACAUAUCCAUACGUACAUAUCCAUAGGAAUGUGUGUAUGUGUGUGCAUGGAUACACACACAUAUGUAUAUACACACACAUAGACAUACCCAUACAUAUCCAUAGAUGUGUGUGUGAGUGUAUGGAUACACACGCACACAUACAAAUACACACACUCACAUAUCCAUAGGUGUGUGUGCAUGGAUACACGCA